AUGGCCAACAUCGCCAUCGGAAACCGCCAGAACACCAGCGCCAUGAUCGACAACGGGACCGUCAUCAACGGUCUCACCAUCACCCGGGGACGUCGGGACGUUCCGCUGGCAACACUGCCGGAUGAUUUACCGAGGGCCGGGAGAAGUGAUUCCUUUAUACAGGUGGGCAACCAGGUGAUACGGCUUCCGCAGGGGAAUGUUGCCAAUCUGACGAUCAACAUCGUGGACGGAGUGCCGUACGUGUUUGGGAAUGCACCGGUGGAAGUUCCGACGGCCGAGAGCGAUGCAGGGAUGCCAGGAAUAUUGUCGCGAAUUGGGAACUUCUUCGGAGGUCUGCUUGGGCGGAAUCCUAGCGUUAAUUGACGGAUAACUGGAGCUCCGCUGGAGCAGUAAAUGUACUGCUCUGCUUGGGCCUUGAAUAGUGGACGGUGCUAAAUCGAAAAACUCUGCCAGUUUUAUGUAUGAUGUGAGUUGACUGCUAAACUAGAAGACAAGUGCGAAGUGAAUACAAUUUGAAGAAUGUGUUUUUAAAACGACAAUAUUGGAUUAAUUGUAUAUGUAUUGGAAAUGCAUUGAUAAAAAAUUAUUUUAGGAUAUAAUCAUUGAAAGAUUCUCUAUUCUAAUUUGAAAACUAGUGUGGAAUUAGCUUAAAUUUAAAUACCCAUAAAUAAAAACAAAACAAAAA